UUUAAAUAAAAUUCCAAAUGUCAAAAGACACCUCUAAACGGUCCUUCUCAAGAUCGAAUCGCCCUGAAGAAUCUAACUACGGUGGUAACUCCAGGAUGGAAGCCCGUGAUGAAAAUAAGAGAAAAUUCCAGCUGUCCACCAACGAAAUUGGUGAACUCAAGCACUCACUCCACUACAUUGAAUCGAGAUUAGAAAGAGAAUUGGACGUUAAAAAUGAUCUUGUCGAGAAAGCAGAACAAGAUCACAGAAGAGUAGUAGAUUUGGAGCUCCAACUCACUGAACAGAAGGAACUCAACAGAAUCCAGAGUAACAAAAUCAUUGUCCUCUCUGACCAGCUUGACAAGUUCACAGGCUCCCAAGAUAAUAUUGUUAAAGAACUUCGGGAUAAAUUCUUCGAUUAUAACAAAGAAAUUGAGAACAAACAGCAUGCACUGAACCAGACCAGAGUCACUCUAAUGGAGACCAGGGAGAAGCUUGACGAUGUCACUAGAGAAAGAGACAGGUACCUCGCUGAACUAGAAGCUGCAGACGAGAAAGCCAAGCUUCAAGAGGCUCAGAUCAAACGUCUCAAUACCGAACUCUCCAUUGCUGAAAGGACUAUUGAAGAAUUUGUUAACUGCAAAGAGAAGAAAAUCAGUAGCUUUUUCGACGAGAAAACUAUUUACACAGAUGCUAAGAAAAUCGAAAGUAUCCUAUCCAGCAUGGAUGACACUAAGAAUGAUUAUUCCAGGCUCGGGAAAAGCCCAAAUGAAAGCCAAAUUAACAACUGUAGGCCAUACCUCAUUCAGAAAUUCAGACAAGAAGAGCUUAAGAAGUUAGAGAUGGAAGCAGCUACUCAGAAGGAGCCUGAUCUAUCUGUACUUCCAGAAGAUAUCCAAGCUAUUGUUAAUAAAUUUAGGAACAGACAGGGCAAUGAAUUAAGCUCAAAGAUGGUUGAUAAGCUUCUGGUCGAAUGCAAUAGGGCUUACCACUUUAUAAAGCAAGACAGGGUAUUGAAGAUCAAGACUCAGUUAAAUGCUGAGAUCCAGUACCUUAAAAGAGUCCUCUCCCUCCUUAUCCCUCUCGAUAAGGACAAGGCUAGGACUGAAAUAGCAUACCUCAGGAGAGAACUUAAAAACGCUAGAGAGGACAUUAGAAGACUUAAUAUCAAGAUCAGGAAAAAGAAAGAUGUUAGUAACGAAAAGUCAUUAGAUCUCGGCUCUAGAUCACAAAUCCAAGCGCUUAACGAUGAACCCCUUAAUGACGUUAGCACUCAAGAUGGCUACAAGUCAAACUCCAGAUUUAUCGAAAAAGCUCUUGAUGUAGCCGAAAGCGCAGUGAAUGAGUCAAAGGUUCUCAAUAGAAGAAUCAGCCAGAAUGUUCAUGGCUACAAUGCUGAGAAAUCAAAGUCACAUUACACUUGGAGAGAGGAAGAUCAGAAUGACGACCUCAAUUCUGAGGAAUGGCUUAUCAGCGAAAUCAACAAUGCAGUCAAAGGCUCGAACGACAAAGUACAAAGAAUGAUGUAUGCCUCUAGAGUCCACCUUAAAUAACUCAACCUAAAA